AUGAAUUUUGUUUUUUAUGUAGUUUUUCUUUUAUGUUGUAUGGUAUGGCCAUUCCGCAUGGCAAGGAAUAAAUCACACAUUGUGAUCGUAUCAGUGAAAGAACAUGACAAAAACCAUGGGAUGUUACAACUCUAUGUGAUCAUAAAUAACGCGUUGCUUAAAACCUGGAUCAUUCAAUGGAUUUUUUAUUUAGAUUCCCACGCUUGGAUCAUUUUCUUGACCGGUUCCAUUUGUCUGAUUCCCGGAGCUUACCAUUUCUUCUACGUUGUCUGCAUCCUUACCGGAAGAAAAGGAUAUGAAUGGCGCAAUCUGCCAACGUUUGCAUGA